AUUCCAAAUCAUGGAUGGAUAUUUCCAAAAAACGACGUCGCUUUGACCAUCGCCCUUGGACACAGAGAGCAACUGAGACCAAAGGCCGAAGGAAGGAUCUUUUUUGAUCUCCUCGUCGUCUUCCCCAGCAGCUCCCAAAGUCUCCAUUUAGAAGAAGAAUUAGAAGUAAUGGAGCCGGAGGUGAUCCAAGCAGAGAUGGUUUUGCCAACCCAUCUGAGUUUCAAGCGCAUUCAGAUGUAUGAGAAAUACCCAAAAGGCCAAUCAAGAGGCAGGCACUGGAAACAUCUCAAGCAGAUUAUCCAGGCUGAAAACUAUCAGAAUUACCCACCCGACGAACCCAACUACGUUAACAUUGAGUCACCACCCUCUAUGCAUCCGUGCAAAAGAAUUUGUGAUAUAACAGGAUACGAGGCACCUUACUAUGAUCCCAGGACCAACCUGCGUUAUGCAAAUACCGAUGUCUUCAAGCAAAUAAGAUCACUUCCUAAUGAAUAUGUGCAGAGGUAUCUGGCUUUGAGGAAUGCUGCUGUAGUUCUAAAGUAACUCAAAAAGUCUUAUGUAGAAUAUAAGGUUUUAGGGUUCAUAUCGUUUGUCGUUCUGCUCUCUCUCUCUCUCUCUCUCUCUCUUUGGAUGAGAAAUUUGGGUAGGCUUUGAUGGAAUCAUAUAGUUAGCUCUAGGUUAAACUGGAUUUUUCUGCUUGGCAAGUGAAAUUUAACUCUUCCUGACUAGCAUGUUAAUUCUGUACAUGGUGUUUGCGGGCAAUCCAAUUGAUUAUUUUGCUCUA